AUGCAUCAGUCUGAUUCACUGCAUGCCUACGCUGUCGCACCAAGCCCAAUUGUUCGGACUUAUCGACCUGAUCCUCCCUCGAAACGCAGGCUCUCCAAUAUGACGUCCACAAAGACUGGGCCACCACCCAGGCCUCUGGUCACCCCUAGGCCUCGAGGCGCGAGUGGUCCACGACCAGAAGCCCGGUCAGCAGGUACCGCUGAAAGAGCUGGUAGAAAUGAAAGCCUAGUGGACAUGGUUCGAUUCUUCCAGACUCAAAAUAUGCCUCCUCAAACUCCGCCUCUAUCACAAUCUUCAUCUCAAUCUCCACCUAAACCUCAAUCACGCUCUCGCGCUCCCUCUCAAGCUCAACCCUCGAGUCCUUCCGAUACAACCACUGCACUCCCGGUUCCUAUUUCGCCUAAGGAACCCAAGCCUGAACCGAAACCAGAUCCAAAGCAGGACCUGAAACCAUUUCGUCGUCGCCUCUUGCAGUUUACCCAACGUCAAAAGAAAGAAUCAACCCCCAGGUCAAAGGAAGAAGAACAACAGCGCCAGAUCGAAGCAUUAACGAGGGGAGGAUAUCUUAUUCCAGCGACGGCUUUACCAAAGGAGUCGAAGGGACAAAAGGAGGCGAAGCGAUCAAAAGAAAGCCUAUCACAGUCCCUCUCUAGAUCUCUUUCCAAAUCAAAGAAAGAUGUGGAAACCAUUGGACAGCCAUGGCUGCAAGCCAAAGUCGAUACCGACACACCACCAACUGAAACAAGACGUCGCUUGGGGUCUCUGAAUCUUGAUGAUUUCGGCUCAAUGGUCGAUGUCGCAGUCUCACUCACUUCCGAUUUCGACGAUUCUAUGCCACCGCCAUAUCAGCCAAACGAUCACUCCACCUCCCAAUCCCCACCAGCUAUCCCGACGUCAAGUUCUAUGGCAGACCUCAGCCCUCAAAAUAUUACGCGACCGGCUUCCUCGUUAGCUUCUACCAGUCAUUCAUAUAGGAACGAGUCAAUUGAUGAACAAAUCCAACGGCCAUCUAGCUCUGCAGAGUCGAGUAUCCGUGUCGACCCUGUCUCACGAGCCACUACCAAUACAUCCGCGGGUGUGAAUGGGAUAGAAUCACAACCCAAGCCGUCCAUUGAUAAUCGAAAGCGAACCCAACCAGAACAAUCUUCUCUUCGCAAUGUGACACCCUUGUCGCCUACCCUAAAACUUUUCCCUGAUGUUGCCCCUCCUCGCAAAUCCAGCAAGGGUGCAUGGAGAAAUUCGUCAAUUCCUCGGUAUCAAACGAUCGAAAAUACCACAGUAUCGUCCGCAUCUCCGGAAACUAGCUCACGGGCUGGACCUUCUAACAACGUACCCGAAGCUUCAGAUGAGGCAAAAAAACCAUCGGGUGGUCUUGUAGAUGCUGCAGUUAGCGAGGCAGAACCAAAAUGCUCAGGUGCGCUGGCGCCUUCUGCGAGCUCUUCUGCAGCGGCACUAUCUACAGAAAAAGCACCAGAGAAUUUGACCUCGCAAGAUGAGACCAAAAUUCAACCGCUCUCAUUGUGUCUGGGCACAUUGAAGGCAUUUCCUCUCCCAGCACCUACAAGGCCUCUGCCAUCACUGCCCAAAGCCAAACCCUCGCCGAUUACUCAGGAUAGCAACGCUCGCUCUGUUCGAGCGAUUGAUUCUGAGUCAUCGUCUUCCAGUCUGAAUUCCCCGUCGGCAACACUUGUUGAAAACCCCGAGAUUAAAUCCGCUGUGGUCUGUCCUCGUGCCCUUGACUCGCGCCCAGCAAUCGUUCUUGGUAGCGUCGAUGCUGGAGGGUCAAUAGUCGAAGACGAGGAAAGCUUGAUCACUACUUCGCUUUCGGAACACUACCAGCCAACCCCGGAGCAUUACACUCCAAGAGGGCGUGUGUCAAGCGUGCGCAUUCCUCGAAUGCAAGAGCUUCCCGAAAGCCCUUCAAGUCAAUGUGAUGAAAAGGCCUCCGAAGGGCAGCCUUUGGCCGACUCCCCUGUCCUAGGACACUCUAUCCCUACAAAAUCCAAUGGCAAACGUGCUGUUCUGAAGGAGCUUCAGAUUAAUCCCCAAAUCAGUCGAAAUAACCUUCCAUUUGGUCUGCCAUCGCCUCCACCCACUGCAUCACUUCCAUCAGUUCCACCUCAGCACCCACCUCCUCCGCUUCCUGGGCGAAAGGUUGGCCAACGCAACUACACUGCGCCUAACAUGGCUAUCCCGCCACCGAUGAGGAACAUGGAGGCGCAUCCUCUACCGGGGCCCUACCGAGGUUCGACUUUGUCCCGCAGCGACAGCUCAGGGAGCAGUCUUCGACAUGAGAGUUUCCCCGAAACAUACCAACAAAGUCGCCCUGAAUCUCGCCCAGAGUCUCCGCUUCCAUCAUCGGACGAUGAGGUCUUUGGUCCAGAGAUAGACACCAAACAUUCGCGCCGGGAGGCCGACAAAUACCACCACCUCGAACCAACACGUCGAGGAUACGAGACAAGAGAUCCACGGCAGAUGCCUUCCCGCAGUCGACUUCGUUACCCCAAUCCCGCGCGCCCUAUGACGCCUCAAAGCCGCAGCAUCCACAGUCGGGAGAAGACUUCGUCUCCUCAGUCACAAUAUUCCCAAUCAACCCACAGAUCCAGGGGGUCUCAAAGCAGUCAGCACACCCGCGCUCCUCCCCAAAUGGAUUACUACCUCGAGGACCGGGUCGCGAAUCUAGAGCGCCAGAACCAGAUUUUACAGGCUGCUCUUAUGGCGGCGCUCAACGCUGGAGUGAAGAACCCUCUCGAGGGUCUUAAUCUCGACCCAAACAUGCCAUCCGGCCCCUCACACGCUCCCUUUACGCACCAAUACUCUGGUCGCCAUACAUCACGACCUGAUAGCUGGGUCAGCUCUUCUCGCAGCAGUGAGCACAGCGGAUUUGAGACUUCUAGCUCCUACCGAGAGACGCGGCCAAAUGUCAAACAGCUGGACAACAUGAUCGAAGACAUCGAGUCUGGUUGGCUGUCGGACAAGUCUAGUUUCAGUGGAACUCGAGUUGCCCGCAAACGAUAA